AUGUCGGUAGGGCUUCUUUCCGAGUUUCAGUUGGGUUUGCAGAGCCUCCUAGUAGCCGCAGACAGCCGUCAUGAGCGGCGUGGGGGUAACACUGCGCCAGCGGAUGCCGCUCCUGGAGGAAACGCGAAGGAUGGUUUGUUUGAACUGGUUCUCACUGAACCGGGCGCUCAAGAGUCGGCCUGGCAGUACUGCGAAGGGGGCAUGGCACCCUUAUCCUCUCCCCGUUCGUUUGCCUCAUCGCGGUCCAUAAGUAGCGAAUGCGAAGGCGUUCGGCGAAGGCGUUCGUCUUGCGAUGGCGCCGAGGACGAGGCAGACUCCGCCGCUAAGGGAGGACAAAAACCUCGCCAUAGCCGCCCUUCCGAAGAUGAUAAAAGCGGUUGCGACCCCCCCCACCUCGAGAUCAUCUCGCGCUUCCAGCGGCUCAAGGAAAUACGGCAUCCCCAUCUCUGCGCCUAUACGCACAUUCUGAGGAAGCAGAGCCGGGUGUAUCUCGUCUCGGAGCAGUGGUCUCUGUCCCUCGAGGAUAUCAUGAGGGCCUGGGAAAGAGAUGGCGAGCUGCAUGCAGGAGGCAGUGCAGAGAGCACGCCACUGCCUGGGAAUGCUCCUUCUUGCGAUCUGCCCAAGGAAGGCGACAAUGAAGAGGGAGCAGGCGGGCGUUCCGAUCACGAGGCUGAGGCUUCGGAGGAGGCAGAGCCGAAUGCAGAGGCAGCAGCUGCAGCUACUGCUGCAUGCUGUAUCGGGUGGUCCGUGAACAAACUCGAAUUCUUAGCAACAGUAGCUACCCAGACAGUGACAGCUCUGGCCUAUUUGAAUUCCUUAGGGCUCGCUCACAAUCGUCUGGAGCCUCGAACUAUCCGCUUGAGUGCGCAUGGAAACGUACAGCUGAGCGAAUGGGGACUUGCCUACCUCACGGAUGGAGGGCGCUUGGCGCCAUCGGCUGCUCUCCCUGCAUCCUUCGCCUUCCUCUCCCCCGAGCAGAUCCUAGCUGGACCCGGUGUUUUGAGCCACACUGCAGCGUGCGCGAAACAAGACGUGUGGAGUCUUGGAAUCAUCCUUCUUCAGAUCCUGCAGCCUCGCUGGCUUCUGAAGAAACCCUUGCGCGGGAAGGGAAUGCUGCAGCAAGAAAGGCCUUCGCAUGCACGAGACGGCGCUUGCUCGUGCGUCUCUAGUUUGCAUUCUGCUUCUCGCAGUGCCUCUGAGGCAAGAGCAGGAGGUGGAGAGGCAGCGGAGGCUUCAUCAGACGCGCUGGAACCCGCUGAAAAAGGCCUCAAGAAUAUUACGCAGCUCGUCCUCUACUGCGCCUUAGCUGCCGACUUUAAAUGCCUUCUCCCUCUAAAUCCUCCUGCUGCAGAGGAGGCGACGGAUGCCACUUCGGAGGAGGAGGAGGGCAGCAACAGCAGCAGUCAGCUGAAAGCUGCUGCUGCACCUUCUGUCUGCGCCUUCGGCACGGGAUUGCAGGGGUGGCUGCUGGAGCGCAAGCCGCUGUUGCUCGAGAUGAUGCAGAAGGCGAUUGGAGCGCCCUGCCACAUGAUUAGUCCGCGGGCGUUUCGCUCGGCGCUAAAGGCUACGCUCCCGGAGGUGUCCAUACACUGCCCGAAGGAGCUUUCAGCAGCCCUGUCUGAGAGGCAGCAGCACGACGACGGCUAUCCGAAAGCUCAGAGCCUCUUGACGCCUCAAUGUGCUGCAGCUGUAUCAGCGGUAUCAGCGGCAGCGUCACCCCCUCCGUUGCUGCUCGCAAAAGCUCCGACAUCAGGAGGCCACAUGACAGGGGCUGUUAAUGCUGAAGCUGCUGAAGCUGCGGAAGCUGCGCUGCUCCUCCAUUGUCUGGAGGGACUAAUGCGAUGGCUAUCUGGGGAAAGUCUCGAGGCUUCCCCUCGCUGUCUCUCUGCGCGAGCGCCAGCGCCUGAAGAGCGUUCACGCUGCUCAGACUCCUCGGAGUCGAAUAUUUUAAAGCCUCCCCAGCAGGACGCUGUUGGAAAUACUGACGAAGGAGAUCAUUCCGAGACUUUGCAGCAAGAGCUGCUGCGAAGGCGGCGUUCGACUUUGUUGCGGCAGAUCCGCGAGUUUCUACGCGCCUCUCUGAAAAUCCAUCCUUCCUGCCGCGCAAGCCCCGGCGAUUUGUUGGCUCUUGAGUGGCUUCAGACCCCUCAGAGGGAGAGGCAGCUUUGGUGCUUGAAGGGUGCCGAAUGCAUAGGAGUUCUCGCGAGUUUGCACGUGGAGGAGGAGCUGCGUCAGGUCGUUGGCGGCGAGCGGAAGGAGCGCGCAGGUGUUCCUUGGCUGCCGUAUUCUUGCGAGGGUGGUUCUGCAAACAAGCGAGAACUCUUGCUGAGAAAUCACAACAUUGGUCUUGAUGAAGUCUUCUAUUGGUGGCAGCUGCAGGGCGGAGACGUCCACACUUCGCUGUUGAAGCAGAACGCUUUCCGACCUGUGCCGCCUCUGUUCAGUCUGCCGCUUUGCUGCCUUUGGAAGCAGCAGAAGGGGCAAGUCUUGGAAGCGUCGGAGCCAAGCACGCCGCAUUCUGCGCGAGGAGCCUCUUCCUUAAGCCGCAUCGAGUUUCUCUCAGCCUUCGCCGAUUGUCGAAUCCACGACUUUUCAGAGCCAGAGGCGGCCUGUCUGAACGCAGACAGAGAGGUCUGCAGGUGCCUCUUUCACGAGGAAAAGAUGCCAGCACCAACUCCCGAGGCGUUCCAAGCGCUGCAACACACUCAGGCUGCUCCUAGACCUGCGUCUGGGAGCUUAGAAACUGAAGACUCCUUCUUCUUGACUGGCUUCACGAGCGGUAGGAACUGGCGCGAUGUGCACCUCUGGAAGGAGGGCGAUCUUCGAGUAUUUG